AUGACUAGCGCCGACUUGGAUUUAUGCGUUGAGUGGGCUAAGAGAAAUGGAGCAUAUAUCAAUGAUAAGGUUAAAUUUGUGCGGGAUGACAAAUUAGGAAUUUUGGCUUUUGUUAGCGAACCAGUGAACACCGAGGAAGAGCUGAUCAGUAUUCCAAAGAAACUUCUGAUAACAGGCGAAAAAUCUUUGAGAUUUUUCAAAUUAGAUAAGUCGAUUACUAAGAACCCUAAUGCGUUGCUUCAAUUGUAUUUGGCAAAUCUUGUCUACGAAAAAUCUCCGAGCGAAGAUAGAACGUUCUUCCAGCCCUACCUGAAUAUCUUACCUGGAAUAAAAUCCGUGAACUCACCUUAUUUUUGGUCUUCUAAUGAGCUAGACCUUUUCAAAGGCACGGAUAUCCUUGUCAAAAUUAAAAGGAAUCUCACAAAGCUAGUCGAUGAGUGGUAUGCUGUUGUCAGUGAAGUUCAAGCGAUAGAUGCUGCUGACGAAGCGUUUUACCAAGCUCUUAAAGGAAAUCCUUCACUAGAUAUCCACGACCACAUUAGGAGCUUCGCUAAUAUUGAGUGGCAUAGCUUUCCUGCGUAUCUGUGGUCACAUUAUAUUUUUACAUCCAGGGCCUUUCCGCAUUUACUUCUGGGGAAAGAGAAUCUGAAAGAUCUCAACCAGGCAUUUUUGUUCCCCAUAGUUGACCUCCUAAAUCAUGGAAACGGUAAAAAGGUCAAAUGGCUUUAUAGCAAAGAAAAAGAUUCCGUGGCUUUUUCAACAUCCGAGAAACUCAACGCUAAAGAUGAACUUUUCAACAAUUAUGGAGACAAAUCUAAUGAGGAAUUACUACUAGGUUACGGGUUUUGUCUUGAAAAAAAUGACUUUGACGAAUCUACAAUUACUUUGAGACUACCGGCGAAUGUUAUAAGCGACGCACAGUCACAUGGGAUUUCUUUAAAUUCAGAUGAUAUCAUUGAGAACUCGGUCAACUUUCAUCUCUCAUGCACUGAAGCACUCCCAGAGUCCUUGGUUUCACUGUUUGCAUUUAUUUGCAAGUUAACUUCAGAAAAGUCCGUCACAACUAGAUCCACACUAGAGGGGUUGGAUAAGUUACUCGAAAUAUUGGAACAGAAGUUAGAAUUUUUCAAAAAAGCAUCCAAGAUUUCUUCUACCUCAGUAAAAAAUCCACAAGUCAUUAAACAAGCAAAAAUCUAUCUCUCUACUCAGAGGAAGAUUUUUCAGGUGGCGUGCGAUGCCAUUCCCAAAAAGCAAAAAGAAAUGUUGAAAACUGCUAAACCACUGUCGUUCAAGUCAAUUAUAAAGACAGACAGACAAUUUGCUGAUAGUCUUUUGAUUUCUUUUGGAAUGAACGGUUACGAAGGCAUCGUGAACAAAAAUUUCGUUCAACAAGCUCUUCUUUUAUGGAUAAUUAGAGCAGCAAAUGGAGAUUCUGGAGUAGAUGUAAGCUCAAAACUUAUUUCAGACUGUUUCGCAGAUGUCAAGUCAUCAAUUGUAAUAACUAAAGAAGAUGUUCAGGAAUAUAUGAGCCUUUACAAGAGUUUGAUGCCUGACCUUGCUAGUAAAAUUCCAGAAGUUUACGGGUAUGGAGACUGGGGAAUCAAACAAUUCAUAAUUGCUGGUACAGUCAUUGACCGCCUAGUAUGGACGAGAUCUUUGAAUCGAGAAGCCUUCUUUUUCGAAAAGAAUUAG